AUAAGCAUUUCAGCAAUUCAUUCUGAUUGUUGUUGAACACACUUAUACACAGUUUUAUUUGCUUUACAAUUUCUCUCCUUUUAUUCGAAUUUGCUAAGCGUGCAGAAUCGUCAAACGAAGACGACGUAUUCUCCCCCAUUUGGACUAAUAGAUUUGCUGAUCCAUCGAAAUGGCAUUUGUUGGUCGCAUGAGCUGCCGUGGCAAGUUUGCUGAUUGUGAAUUAUAUAAAGGAGGUCGAUCCAAGAUAAUGAAUAUGCCAAGCAUUGGCGAGGACGAACCGGAGCAAUCACAAUCGCGAACAUACAUAAAGUCUUAUGGCAUGGAGCGCCAUGAAUUGAUCUCUAUUCCAAGCACAAUACGCUUUGUGGCCGGCUCCGCAUCGUCCUGCGAGAUCAACUCGAUGGCCGACACGGAGAUGUCCACACUGCGCUAUACCUCGCCCAGAUCUCUGGAGCUGGAAACUGAAACGUUGUGUCAAUCCCGCGUGGAGAAUAGCAGCGAAAAUAGCUCCAUGUCGGAGAGUAAUGAGUACACUGAUCCUACGUCAAAUGUCCAGCCAAGAAUGAGCAUCGAUGAGGAAGAGCUACAGAAACGGCAACUAGAAAGGGGCUCCACUACUUCCAUGUGCAGCUGGGAGCCAGAGGAGCCGAUGUCUGUGUACGAAGAGACGCCAGACGCCGAACAGGAUUCUCAUAGCUGCGGCAUACCCUUUCUUGAACUGGGUUCCGAAACGAUAUCCAUUUAUGGCGAUCAGCAAGAGCAAUUGGCACCACUCAAGGUACUGCGGCACUCGAACGAGGCGUACGACAAUUGGCUGUCGGGGAAGAAGCGACAAUGUCAAUACAGGCAACAAGCAGCUCGACAGCAGCGGCAACAGCAGCUAGAAAAAGAUAUGAAACGUCGACAACUCAGCGAACAGAGAGUACAGGAAUGGUGCAAAAAAAAAGCGCAACAGGUGCAACAAAUUGCGGCAGUCAAACGGAGCGCACACAAUUACAAAUCAGAGUCCAAGCUGGAGGAACAUACACGACUGCGUCGACAAGCGUGGGAGUUGAGAAAAAUCCGUGAGGAGGAGGAACGUCGUCAGCUUCAACAGCGAGUGGCAUAUGAGAAAGAACUGCAUCAACAGGAGCGAAAAAAGCAGGCGAAUCUUGCGUGGCAGCAUUGGAUGAAGAGUGCGGCUCAACGGCCGAAACCCGUGCCACUUAAUCAAGGCUUUAACACGCUACGUGGCACUGUCUCAGAUAUCUAUAUUAAUCCGAAUCAAUGGGUGCACGUUAAUGCUAAUCCAAGGACCUAAAUAAAUAGUAAGCAAUAAGUCGAUAAACAACGCUGACGAUUUUUUCAUGAAAUAACUUUCUUUGCUUACAUUCUAUGUUACAAUUAGAAUGCUCUUACUUAAACUAUUUCCGGCCACUGAUCGCAUAAAUUAUUCAGCAAAUUACAAAGUAUAUUAGCAAUGUAAUAAGGCUUUGAAUUAAACAUUCUUAUUACUUGUUUUAUGCAUAA